GUUUUCAGGUUGCUAUGUCUCUCUUAUCGACAGCCAGCUGCUCAGACUGUGGAGAUUUACCAAUGAGAGACUUUAGUCGCUGCACUGCGUGAGAAAAGUCUCUGACUGCGGGUGUUAGGAGACAAUACUCGGCCAUGAGCAGCACUGCCCCUGCAGGAAGCGUGUCGUUCAGUUGCAGCUUCAGCUAAACUUUUGUGUUCAGAAAACAUUUGUCCUAAUGGAGUCUCUUCACAAAACAUGCAGCUACAUUAAGGCAAACUGUACCGCAGCACCAGGCUCAGGGACAGCUUCAUACCACAGGUGUGGAGGAUGAACUCAGGCAAUGGGACUCGGAGGAAAGUCGCCAAGUUGCAGCAUUUCAACAAGAUGGUGGCGUUUGACCCUGAAACACUGACUGAGAUUCAAGGUCUUUUUAGUAAAGUUAGAACAUAUGUGAAACCUUCCAACGGGGAGUGGUGCAUCCCCGACCCAAACGUUGCCCUCAGACAAUCUGCAGAGCAGCACUGCCGCCUGCAGGCCCUGAAGGCAUCGCUGAACGAUGUAAAGAACCAGCUCAGCGACAAGAACGUCCAUGUCUGGCAUCAGCACACCAACUCCACCAAUCGAGCCGGGAAGGUCAUCGCCGCCGUACGUUCUGCAUGCAAUGCGGAGAUCUGCACUCAGGCCUGGUGCAAGUUCUCUGAGAUCCUGGGAAGCUUUAAUCUUCUUCCAGAGGAAGCUCUUCAAAACGGAGAGCUCAACACGGUCCACCUCUGUGAAGCUCCAGGGGCUUUUAUAACCGCUCUGAACCACUUCAUCAAAACCAGCGAGUCCACACGCUACUGUGACUGGAGCUGGGCCGCCAACACUCUCAACCCUUACCACGAGGCUAAUGGGGGCAGCACGACGAUCACAGACGAUCGGUUAAUUGCGAACACACUGCCCUGGUGGUUCUUCGGCUCUGACAACACAGGCAACAUCAUGAUCCAGAAGCAUUUGCUGGAGCUGCAGGCGUUUGUGGCUAACAUGCGUAGAGUCGAUGUGGUGACAGCAGAUGGUAGUUUUGACUGUCAGGAGAAGCCAGACGAGCAGGAGGCGCUGGUGGCGUCACUGCAUUACUGCGAGGUCACAGCUGCACUGCUGCUCCUGAGCCCUGGGGGCUCCUUUGUGCUGAAGAUGUUCACCCUUUAUGAGCACUCGUCCGUUUGCCUUCUUUACCUGCUGAACUGCUGUUUCCGCUCCAUCAACGUCUUCAAACCUGCCACCAGCAAGUCGGGCAACUCUGAGGUUUAUAUUGUGUGUCUGAACUAUGAAGGCAAGGAAGGUGUGAGGCCUCUGCUCUCCAAACUGAUCCGUAACUACGGACCACAUCUGGCUGACAGAGAGACACUUCUCCCAAACUCUCUUGUCCCAGAGUCGUUUCUGAAGCAGCAUGAAGAAGUGUGCUUGUAUUUCACCACUCUGCAGGUGGAUACGAUCACAGAAAACCUGCGACUGUUUGAAGGACUGAGCAGCGAGCAGAGGCAGCGGCUCGACUACAUUAGGGACUGCACGGCUCAGGAAUAUCUGCAGCGCUUCCAGGUGACCUUCCUUCAAAGGAGUCGAUGGAUCUCUCGUAACACGGUGAGUCCCGCCUGCUACAGCGUCUCAGCGGGCCGACCUCUGGGACAGAAGCAGCAAACAGGCUCCUUCAACGAGCGGAGGGAAAUGCAGACCAUGAGCUGGAGGGAACGCAUCGAGAGGGGUUGCUAUGCCACCUCGAUACAGAAACACUGCGCUGAGGCCGGUGGGACUGGCUGCGUGCUGGAAGGACCCCUGUCCGAGUGUCACGUGGAUUCAUGGUACGUUAUCGCUGGGGCUGCACUGCCAGCAGUUAGAAGCUCUCCGUUCUGUGAAGGGGCGUUGUUAAACCACUUGAAUGAAGCCCUGAUGGACACGGCAGUAGACUGGACUCGUGCACCCUGCUGUGACUCUUGCCAUGCGGCUUGCAUGGCCUCCAUCUUGUCCGAUGUUGCAGGGCUUUGUGUCUUCACAGCCGAUAGUGAUGGGAACAGAAAGCAGAGACAGUGUCUUGUGUUUGGCAGUCCCUCAGUGUGUGGUGCAUGUGAAAGCAAACUGGGGGAUUUACUGUUAACAUUUUCUGCAGAGCCUUCAGUUCCUCAAAGAGACCGCAUGGCGUUGCACGAUGGGGAGCCGCUGUACCAGCAGCAGCUCUUAGCUUGUGUUGUGUUUUCCCUGGAGACCCUGAACUCCUGGGAUGCCCUGCUGCUGCCUCUGUUUUCUGCCCUCACCCGUGUCACUGCAGCUGUUGUGCUCUGCCUUCAAGUGUGUUUUCGCUCGGUCACAUUCAGGUGUCCUCCCCCCUCUGGUUUUGUCGGGACAGUGCUUGUGUGCAAUGGCUUCUGCCCUGAAGCUGCUGCACGAAUACUCCCGAUUCUCACUGACGUCCACAACUGCAUGGGUCAGUUGUUGAGAGGAGGGGAGGACUCAGAUAAAGAUCUGCCGUCUGGGUGUGACAGUCAGGUGCUGCAGUUUGUUCCCAUGGAGGAACUGCUCACAGGAGGACUGACUGACUUCCUGCGGACCAUGAACGCUGAAAUCAUCCAACAGAAGCUGCAUUUGCUCAUGCAAUCAUAGUGCAGUCUACUGAGCUGUGACUAUCUAUCGCUUCAGAAGCUGUCUCAUUAUGUCUGUUUUAUUCUCGUUGAAUCAGCAGACUGUUCAACUACAUGAGCCUCCAGCACUUAGUCACUGAAUCACUAUGCCGAUUAAAAGAGUACUCCACUGAUUAAGCAUUGCACUGCUAUAGCAUUGGCAGACUCACAAUAGUCGGUUUUAAAGAGAGGAUCAAAAUCGAUGCACAAAACCAGAGAAAUCACUUCUUUUUUCUUUUUACUCCGUGCACUUCUUCUGAGUCAAAACCAGCCCGAACAGAUGCUGACUCAAGUAACAUCACUUAAGGCAAUUUAUUAGAUUUCACACAGCUCCCCUGCAGCCACAAAAGUCUACCUACUGACCUUUUUUUAAAUGAAAUGUCUCUAAUGUCAUUAAAAUUAAUGAUGCAAUAACAUUUUAUAAUGUUGGGUUUUAAUACUUUUACAAAUUGUUGGUUCGUUUUUAUAUUUGACUAAAUGUAUUCAUGGUAAUUUGUUUCAUAAAGCCUCUCAAACUGUGUAAAGGUGACACUUUUCCUGAAGUACAUAUAGGCUGAUAUAUCUUUGUUAAGAUAAAAUCAGCCGAUAAUAUCUACCACACCAUUGUGUCAGUUGGGAUUUAAUGCGGAAGUCCAACCUGCGAUGUUAAACGAGGUAAACCUUCACUUCACCAGUAAAGUCUCAAAGAUCUUUAUUAUAUCGGUUCCAACAAAAUGCAGGCUUGCUGCAAAGCUUCUUACAACCUGCAGGCGAGAACAACAUUGUCUCAUGAUGCAAAUUUGCAGUGCAUGAAAAUGCAAAUUACUUUCAGCACUUGAUCAUCAGAACUCAUCCGUGACUGAAUUCACUGAGGAUUUUAUGAAGGUUGAAUAAACAAUAGUCCAACCCUCGGCACCAAACCUCCUGUCAGUCACAGAUGGUUGUGUUGAAAUCCACGUCACAAAGAGCCGGGAGUGCCUGUUGUGUUUUUUAUUAAACAUUGUUUCAUCGAAGGA